GGCAUUUUCUCAUUACCUACCACUGAUAAGUUCAUUCUUCCUUCUUUUUCUGUCAUGUAUUUGCACAUAUAUUCAUAUUUAUAUUUAUAUUCCCUGCCUGAAACCACCACGCACAACAAUAUUCAUUUUGUGACUAGAAUUAAUUAAACUAGCCAUUAGCGUUCUAUGUACCUAUACUCUCUUUACAAAUACAGCCCUUUUGUUGUUGUCAUCUGGGCAAAGGCAUUUAAGGAGUGGUGGUGUGAAUAAAGCACUCACAUUUGUCCAAGAAAUUUACAUGGUGAUGGGAUUUUCUACACAAGGGAUCGGAAAACUGCUCUCUUGAAUCCUGUGCAGAAAAAGAUUUUGCAGGUUGUUUGACAUCGUAAAAGAUGACUUCUGAUCUAAAUGUGGAACUCUCCAAGAAUACUGCCAUUUUUGGUCUUAAGGUCUGGGAAGUUAUUGGGAUUAUUGUUGGGUUAUUGAUUGUGUUUAUCCUCUUUGUAUUGACAUAUUAUCUUACAUCACGAAAGAAAUAUAAAACUCAAGAAAAACUUCCCCUUAGCCAAAUACCAAGCGUUUCGAAGGAAAUUAAAGAAGUACGAGUGGAACAAGUAUCAACUAAUGAAUUUGUUCCAAGUGAUGGGAUUCUUCUCACCAUUCAUGACAAAUCCAGUGAUAAAGAAACUGACAAAGUUUUGGUCCAUCUGGGAAUGCCAAAAAUAAAGAACGGAGAUAACAGCAGUCAAUCAGGUUCAUUUCAUAAUGUUGAUAAAGAUUAUUGUGGAUCACAAUCAGGUGAGGAAGGGAGUUCAGGAACAUUUGGUGCAUAUAAAUCUUAUUCUUCACAUCCUAUAACUGCUCCUUCUCCAUUAUUGGGUCUGCCUGAACUUUCUCACUUGGGUUGGGGUCACUGGUUUACACUUAGAGAUCUGGAAAUUGCUACAAACAGAUUUUCUAAGGAGAAUGUUAUUGGGGAUGGCGGAUAUGGCGUUGUUUAUCAAGGGCAGUUGAUAAAUGGUACUCCUGUGGCAGUAAAAAAGCUCCUCAACAACAUGGGUCAAGCAGAGAAAGAAUUUCGAGUGGAGGUUGAAGCUAUUGGCCACGUGCGUCACAAAAAUUUGGUUAGGCUUCUGGGGUAUUGUAUUGAAGGAACUCAUAGGAUGCUUGUCUAUGAAUAUGUCAACAAUGGGAACUUGGAACAGUGGCUUCAUGGGGCUAUGCGCCAGCAUGGAAGCCUUACUUGGGAGGCCAGGAUGAAGAUUCUCCUUGGAACGGCUAAGGCUCUUGCCUACUUGCAUGAAGCCAUUGAACCGAAAGUGGUUCACCGAGACAUAAAAUCGAGCAAUAUAUUGAUUGAUGAUGACUUCAACGCCAAGGUUUCUGAUUUUGGUCUAGCUAAGCUACUGGAUGCUGGGACAAGUCAUAUCACAACUCGAGUCAUGGGUACCUUUGGAUAUGUGGCUCCUGAAUAUGCAAAUACUGGCCUUUUGAAUGAAAAGAGUGAUGUCUAUAGCUUUGGAGUUGUGCUGUUAGAAGCAAUUACAGGAAGAGAUCCGGUUGACUAUGGUCGUCCUGCUCAAGAGGUAAAUCUAGUGGAUUGGUUGAAAAUGAUGGUUGGAAGCAGGCGCUCUGAGGAAGUUAUGGAUCCGUACAUGGACAGGAGGCCAUCAACGAGAGCCCUCAAACGAGCUCUUUUGACUGUUUUGAGAUGUGUUGAUCCAGACUCAAACAAGAGACCUAGGAUGAGCCAAGUUGUCCAAAUGCUUGAAUCAGAAGAAUAUCCAAUACCAAUAGUGGAUCGAAGGCGUAGAAGAACUCAAGCGGGUAGUGCAGAUAUAGAUUCGCAACAGAACUAUGACACUGAUAAAAGCGACAACCAAGAUCCAACAUCAGAUAAGAAAGAUGUAUUUUCUUCCCAAAAAGGUACUAAUCUUACUGCACACGUUUGAAGAGAGUAUGUUAGACGUGGGAAGAGGGAGUUUGUAUUGUAUUUUUCUUUUCGAAUUUUAUUAAUUUUGGGUUUCUAUUGCGCUUUUUUGUAAUUUCUUUUGAAAUUGUUCUUGUAUGAGAAGUAGAUAGAAAGACUAUUUCUCUUUUUCCCCCCUUUUUUUUUUUUUUAAUGGAAAUGGUGCCUUUGUAAGAACCCUGAAAACACUGGUCAGGCUUUGUACAGAUACUGUUGUUUUUUAGGCUUAUUCUCAGUGAUGUUUU